AUGCGCUUCCAGACUGUUGUUCUAAUCGUGUUCGGAAUACUGGCCGUGGCCUUGUCUUCGCCAGUUCCUGGAUACCAUGGUUCGCACCACGUUCGUAUCCACGUACCUUAUCACGUGCACACGGUCCAUCAUCAUCACGUGAAGAAGGUAGCGGUACCCAUAGUGGAGAAGGUGCCAGUCCCUGUUCCGGUUCCCAUCCACCAUGUGGAAAAGGUGGCUGUUCCAGUGCCAGUACAUCACGUCGAGAAGGUGCACGUUCCUGUUCCGGUUGUCGAGAAGGUUCCUGUACCUAUCCCCGUCCACGAGGAAAAGAAAUGGUGGUAA